AUGGGAUUAGCUUGGCCAGGCGGAGUGCCACAACCAGAGUUAUACAAUACCUCACAUCAUCCACCAAAUCAAUCGAAUCACACUAUUGGUCCGGGCCAUCAAGAUUUUCAAACGCAGCUUGUACUUCAGACUCAAACUUCCACUUUACCUUCGGGUUCAGUGAUUUAUACCCGAUCAAAUGGACAAGCAUAUGCACAACCGACUGCUACUCAACGAGUUGGAGAGGAUGGCCCGGUCUUAUUGCAGGACAUUCACUUGAUUGAAAACUUGGCCAGUCUUGUACGUGAAAGAAUUCCAGAACGAGUGGUGCAUGCAAAAGGAGCUGGAGCCCAUGGUGUCUUUACGGUGACGACUGAUUUUGCAAAAAAUCAUACGAUGAUGGACCUCUUUUCAGAAAUUGGAAAGAAAACUCCUAUAAGCGUUCGGUUCUCGACUAUAGCUGGUGAAAGUGGAUCGUCUGACCAAGAGCGUGAUCCUAGUUUGAACACCAGAUUUCGAACAGGAAAAGGGAUUUGGGAUCUCGUCAUGAACAAUAGUCCGGUUUUCUUUUUAAGAGAUCCAGCGCUCUUUCCACUUUUUACCCACACGCAGAAGCGCAAUCCUCAGACUCAUCUCAAAGACCCCAACAUGUAUUGGGAUUAUUUGGGAUCCCAUCCAGAAUCACUUUAUGAAUUUGUGAGAGUCUUCACUGACCUAGGAACUCCUGAUGGUUUUGUCAAUAUGGAUGCAUGGGCAGGACAUUCUUAUAGAUGGGUAAAAGCUGAUGGAACUUGGGUAUAUGUCAAGAUUGUAGCUAUAAGUCAACAAGGUGUUCAUAACUUAACAGCCUCUGCUGCCACACACAUCUCGGGCACAAAUCCUGAUUAUGCAACCCAGGAUCUAUACCAACGCAUUGAUCAGGGUCAAUUUCCAUCAUGGAAACUUUUGGCACAAGUUUUGACUCCAGCUGAGGCUGAAAAAUUCAAAUACAAUGUUCUUGAUGUGACCAAGGAAUGGCCUGUUGAUAUGGUUCCGCCACAUGAGAUUGGAGAAUUUGUUCUCAAUCAAAAUCCAGAAAACUAUUUUGCAGAGAUUGAGCAACUUGCUUUUUCACCUUCAAACCUUGUGGAUGGUUGGGAGCCAAGUGCGGACCCAGUACUUCAAGCCAGACUCUUUGCAUACCCUGAUGCACAGAGAUAUCGCCUUGGUACCAACUUCAACCAAAUUCCAAUCAAUUGUCCAAUGAAUCCAGUUGCCAACUUUCAACGCGAUGGGCAAGCUUCUUAUUUAGGAAAUCAAGGAUCAAGAGCCAAUUAUCUUUCAAGCUUUCAAAGUAUCAAUCUUCCACCUAGUCCAUAUGAUGUUUCAAAUCACACUGCAUGGGUAGGUGGUGCGGUGAGAUCGAUGAGUCAGGUUUGUCAUUUCAUGACAUGUUUUUGA